CAGUAAUCGGACGACUUCUCUCUCUCACCGGGACACGGGUCUCCUGAGAUAGCGCUCAUGGGUUUCCUAAAAUGAGAAAGAAGAAGUAGUUGUACACACUUCUGCUGCAGAAGGAGAGAGAGAGCUUCUGUCUGUCUCCCCGGAGAACAUUUCAGGUUGUUUUUUUAAAAGAAGACGAUAUAAGAAGGGAUAAACACACAGGGAUUCAACCAGAAGUGCAGUCUAUGGAAAUGCAGGAUCUAGCCAGUCCUCACAGCAGAGUAAGUGGAAGCAGUGAAUCUCCUAAUGGUCCCAACCUCGACAACUCCCACAUCAAUAACAAUUCCAUGACACCCAAUGGCACUGAAGGUGAUAACAUCACAAUGCUUACCACUGCAGACUGGUUGUUAGGGUCUAACUCACAGUCCGCUGCAGUUAAAUCCGAGCCAAUGAGCAGCAGCGAAAUCGCCACUUCGGUAGCAGACACCUCUCUAGACAGCUUCUCAGGAUCAGCCAUUGGAACCAGUGGCUUCAGCCCAAGACAAACUCACCAGUUCUCUCCGCAGAUUUACCCCUCCAACAGAACAUAUCCGCAUAUUCUUCCUACCCCUUCAUCCCAAAAUAUGGCAGCGUACGGGCAGACGCAGUACACCACAGGAAUGCAGCAGGCCGCGGCGUAUGCUAGCUAUCCUCAGCCUGGACAGCCUUAUGGCAUCCCUGCUUAUGGCAUAAAGACAGAGGGGGGUCUGAGUCAGUCUCAGUCUCCAGGACAGACGGGGUUCCUGGGGUACAGCUCGGGGUUCACCACGCCGCAGACCGGACAGGCGCCGUACAGCUACCAGAUGCAGGGUGGGACCUUCACAACUACGCCCGGCUUGUACCCCGGAAACAACUCUCUGACGAACUCGAGCGGCUUCAACAGCACACAACAGGACUACGCCAGUUACCCAGCCUUCGGUCAGGGUCAGUACGCUCAGUAUUACAACAGUUCUCCGUACACUUCGCCCUAUAUGACGAGUAACAACACGAGCCCCACCACCCCCACCACCACCACCUACACCCUGCAGGAGCCCCCCAGCACCGUCUCCAGCCAGCCCAUCCCAGAGAACCCUGCAGUGGAGUACAGCACCAUCCACAGUCCAUCAACCCCCAUUAAAGAUUCAGAUUCGGAUCGAUUGCGCCGGGCCUCGGAUGGAAAGUCACGUGGUCGGGGGAGAAGGAACAACAACCCCUCCCCCCCGCCUGACUCCGACCUUGAGAGGGUUUUCAUCUGGGACCUGGACGAAACCAUCAUCGUUUUCCAUUCCUUGCUGACGGGGUCCUACGCCAACAGAUAUGGACGGGAUCCGCCCACAUCUGUGUCAUUAGGUCUGAGGAUGGAGGAGAUGAUUUUCAACCUGGCCGACACACACCUUUUCUUCAACGACCUGGAGGAGUGUGACCAGGUACAUAUCGACGACGUCUCCUCCGAUGAUAACGGCCAGGAUCUGAGUACGUAUAACUUCGGCGCUGAUGGUUUCCACGCAGCGGCCACCAGCGCAAAUCUAUGUCUGGCCACAGGCGUGCGGGGGGGCGUGGACUGGAUGAGAAAACUGGCUUUCCGCUACAGAAGAGUAAAAGAAAUCUACACCACCUACAAAAAUAACGUCGGAGGUCUGCUGGGCCCGGCCAAAAGAGAAGCCUGGUUGCAAUUGCGAGCAGAAAUUGAAGCCUUGACGGACUCCUGGUUAACACUGGCACUGAAAGCACUAACAUUAAUCCACUCAAGGUCUAACUGUGUGAACAUCCUGGUCACCACCACGCAGCUCAUCCCGGCGCUCGCCAAAGUCCUGCUCUACGGCCUGGGGAUCGUCUUUCCCAUCGAGAAUAUUUAUAGUGCAACCAAAAUAGGGAAGGAGAGCUGCUUCGAGAGAGUCAUCCAGAGGUUCGGGAGGAAAGUUGUUUACAUUGUCGUUGGAGAUGGUGUGGAAGAGGAGCAAGGCUCGAAAAAGCACAACAUGCCCUUCUGGAGGAUCUCCAGCCACUCAGACCUCAUGGCCCUGCACCACGCUCUGGAUCUGGAGUACUUGUAGCACUGCGGAGCCUCUUUCUCCACCUUCAUCAUCAUCAUCCUCAUCAUCAUCAUCAUUCACCUCCUGCAGAGAGAGCCCCCCCUGUGGAGAGGAGAUGGUGGAUGUGCUGACAUACGGUCACACUUCGUCUUAACCCUGAACUCUUGUUUUUUUUUUUCGUUCCUCUGGAGGCGAAAAGGUGGAUUUACGGCGCUGCAGCUGCUCGCCAUGGUUACUGUGAAUGAGCCGCUCUCUGAAAAAGCUGUCAAAGUGUUUUACGGCCCUCCGUUUGUGCCGGGACUUUUCGAGGUUUUCACACCUGUGAGGAGAGCUACUCCACGUUAAACUAAAAAAAAACUACUGGAGACGUCUCUUUCUGUCGCUCGACUUCUUCUUCUUCUUCUCCUCCACGAGUCCUGAGCUGGUUAUUUAUGGGCGGAGACUUUUUGUGCGGGAAGGUACCUCGACGACACAAGACUUUUUACAAAGUACCCACAGCGAGGAAGGAAGGAGAAAAGAAAAAGGGGUUUUCUAAUAAUUUAAGAAAAUUACAACGUUAUUUACAAUGCUGAGACAAUCGUGUAUAGAGGAACUCUUUUUGUGUGUGUAAGUUUGUAAUCACUGGACUAUUCCUUCCUAUAUUCAUUUAGGUAUGAAAGGUGGCUUUUUCAUUGAAGUUUAAACAAAUAUUAAUAACAAUAAUAAUAAAAAGGCAUCCCAUCGCAGGAGCUGGAAGUGUUGAUGUGUUCACCGUUUGCUCUGUAAACAAAUGUGUAGGUUGAUUUGUGAUAAACCGUUUUGUCCAGACCAAACGCAUGGGUGUGGAGACUUCAGUCUGCAACACGUUUCAAGUUUGAUCAGAAAGGUCCUUCUGCAUUUCAGCCGCUUGCAGCCCCGUUUAUUUAAAGUUCUUCAGUGAAAAUGUCCUGCCUCCUGGGAGCCACUAAACAACACAUUUGAGUUUCACAAAAGCAGGCUUGAAUAGGUUUUAUUAUAUUUUAUACAAGCGCUAUAACAACUCUUGUACAGCGAGCGUAAUUUUGUAUGACGUAGUGUUUUUAUUUUACAUUCUGUGUCCUUUCUUCUUCUUCUUCUGUGGUGUCGAGAGAAAAGCCACUAAACCUGGGAGGUGUGUGAACAAACAGGACAUGUGCUGCGACUGUGAAUUUCUUAACGGGAACACACUCGCUGUGUUUCUGACGUUUCCUCCUUUGCACAUGAUCACUGUUGGCCUUUUACAUUUCACUUUGGACCCCCCCCCCCCCCCACACACACACACAAACACCCCGUCUUCUCAACACGUCUACAUGUUGCUGCUAGAUCAAGGUAAUGGUAGGUAAACUAGAGGAAAUGUUUUAUAGAUUCAUACAGCACGCUUUUUUUUAUUAUGUUUCAAUCAUAAAUGCAAACUGGAAACACUUCGUGGGCCUCAUUGUGAAACGCUAAAGAUUGUUGUGUCUGCAAAAUAUGUGUACAGAUGUUUUUGACAUUAUUAUUUGAUUGUGUUUAAAUUAAUAAAACUGAUUUGUGAA